AUUUAAGAAAAUGGCUGACCCUUUAGCAAAGUAUGGAAUUUAUAUUGAUGAUUUAAGUAAAAUUCGUGUAUUAGAACCAGAAGUUGCAAAUCAGACGAAUAAGCUUAAAGAAGAAUGUCAAAAUUUUGUUUCGAAAAUUACCGAAUUUCAAAUGAAUUCCGAUGAAUUUAUACAAAUAAUAGAUCAGUUGGCAAAUGAGGUGGAAAAAGAGAAGAUGAAAACUAUUGGAACUCGGAAUUUACUCCGUUCUGUUGCAAAAGAAAGGGAUGCUCAAAAACAACAAAUUCAGGCACAGAUUAUUGAAAAAUCUAUGGAACUUGAGAGACUUCGUAUACAAUACGAUUCCCUAAAAAAGAUCGAAAUGGAACAGUUAGAAACUAUUGAACAAUUAACGGUGAAUUAAAGAGUUGAAUUUGUAAUUAGAAUUGAUACACUUAAUUCAAUUAUGUACAUUAUGAACGUAUGUCUGUACUUUUUUACGUCAAAAGUUGAUCAAAAUAAGGAGAAUAAAUAAAAACUAUUAAACAUAA